AUGACUUCUCAUUUAAUUACUGAGGCUUAGAUGCCAAUCCUAGAAUCGCUUGAUUAGAAUGCAGCUAAGAAAUUAAAAGAAAUGUGCAGAGACAUUGAAGGUUUAAUGAUUAACACCAAUUCCAGAAUCUCAACGCUAUUAUAGAAUUAGCAAGCAAGCUUUUUUAAGGCUUUUAAAAUAGUUGUCGAACAAAUCUCAUCUGAUUUUAGAAAUCUAUAGUAGAAAUUUGAAGAAUACAUAGCCUAUCAUGAGAAUGAGACUGAAGUAUAUAAUUCUGAUUAUAAAGAAUAGGUAGUAAAUGCUUAAAAUAAAUUAGUCUUUUUUAGGAAUGAAUGUUAAGUAUUAAACAAGUUGUGCACUGAAUUGAAAUGUGAAAACUAAUAACUCAAAGUUAAAAUCAAAGAAAUUGAAUAGGUAUUUAAAAUACAUAAAUAAUUUUAAAGGAAGUUAAUAAUUAGAAAAUGAUACUACUAAAAUAAGCAACCUAAAAUUCUUAAUUACAAUAGUUAAUCCUAUAUUAUAAAUAAAAAUAAGAGGCAUAAAAUUAAUAAUAAAAACAUCCACGAAACGAUUCAAUAAAAUUUCACUCUUUAAUCAAUAAAGAUUCAAAAUUGAGGGUGCCUCAAUUGAAAUUGCAUCACCGCUAUCACACUGAGAUCUAAGAAAAUGAUCACAACUCUAUAAUAACAUACAGUUAGAAACAUUAGACUAUCAACAUUUGCAAAACAAGCAAACCAAAACCUAAUUUAAAUCUCUUAAAUAGAACAACCGACGAUAUAUUGGAGACACAAACAGAAAAAUAGAAUGUGAAAUAAUUUGGUAUGAAUUAAAGUUAAAGUAGACCAAUUUUAUGAGAGAUCUUAUAAAUCAAGAGCAAAAUCUCAAUAGUAAACAAUGAAAAUACAUGAAAACAGCGAGACAACCUAGAAGACUCAAGAAAUCUCCUCAUCUCUUAUCAAAAAUAUUAGAGUCAAUCCUUCAUAUUAUUAGCAAAAUCUAAUUAUUUCCUCUUGA